CGCACAAGUACCCGCGAUGCCAGUCGGAUCUUAAGCCGCCCGGUUCACUCCGUGAAAAGGAAAGGAGAGAGAGGACACGUUUAAACAGCCCCUUUCCCACCCGAACUGCAGACUGCUGGUGUUAAAGGGGCAGAAGAAAACCACAUCUUUAUUUUGGUAAAGCGCGAGGCAUCCUCGGGCGCAGCGCGGCUAUAAGAGGAUUGCCGGAUCCCAAUAACUGCAACGUGUGUUUAGACGGGAAAAAUGUCAUUGUCUGCGAAAGAAAACAACACAGUCCCACAUGCCAAUUACGUGGGACCGUAUCGUUUAGAAAAGACCCUCGGAAAAGGACAGACAGGUCUCGUAAAGCUCGGCGUGCACUGUGUCACGUGUCAGAAAGUCGCCUUAAAGAUCGUCAAUCGAGAAAAACUCAGCGAAACGGUGUUGAUGAAGGUGGAGCGAGAAAUCGCCAUCCUGAAGCUAAUAGAACACCCACAUGUUUUAAAGUUGCACGACGUCUACGAAAAUAAGAAAUAUUUGUAUUUGGUUUUAGAGCACGUGUCUGGUGGGGAACUCUUCGACUAUUUGGUAAAGAAGGGCAGGUUGACACCCAAAGAAGCCCGGAAGUUUUUCAGACAGAUCAUCUCCGCUCUUGACUUCUGCCACAGUCACUCAAUAUGUCACAGGGACCUGAAGCCAGAAAACCUGUUGCUUGAUGAGAAAAACAACAUUCGGGUCGCAGACUUUGGCAUGGCGUCCCUGCAGGUGGGCGACAGUCUGCUGGAGACCAGCUGUGGGUCGCCUCAUUAUGCCUGUCCUGAAGUCAUCAGAGGUGAGAAGUAUGAUGGAAGGAAAGCAGACGUUUGGAGCUGUGGGGUCAUUCUAUUUGCUCUGUUGGUGGGAGCGUUGCCGUUUGACGAUGAUAAUUUACGAAACUUGUUAGAGAAGGUGAAGCUGGGGGUGUUUCACAUGCCCCACUUCAUUCCGCCCGACUGCCAGAACCUUCUGAGGGGAAUGAUCGAGGUGGAUGCUGGCAAACGGUUAACGCUGGAGCUGAUCCAGAAGCACACGUGGUACAUAGGAGGCAAGAACGAGCCGGAACCGGAGCAGCCGGUGCCCAGGAAGGUGGCGAUCCGCAGCGUGCCCUCAGCAGACGACAUCGACCCAGAUGUUCUGGAUAGCAUGCACUCGCUAGGGUGCUUCCGCGACAAGAAUAAACUGAUGAAGGAUCUGUUGUCAGACGAUGAAAAUCAGGAGAAGAUGAUCUACUUUCUUCUGUUGGAUCGUAAGGAAAGGUACCCCAGCCACGAGGACCAGAACCUUCCCCCACGUAAUGAUAUAGAUCCGCCACGAAAGCGUGUGGAUUCACCCAUGUUGAACAGACACGGCAAGAGGAGGCCGGAGAGGAAAUCCAUGGAGGUGCUGAGCGUUACCGAUGGAGGUUCACCGGUGCCUGCGCGGAGAGCCAUCGAUAUGACACAACAUGGACAGAGGUCACGGUCCAUCAGCGGCGCGUCCUCUGGUCUCUCCACCAGCCCCCUCAGCAGCCCACGGGUGACCCCCCACCCUUCUCCAAGAGGCAGUCCUAUCCCCACCCCCAAAGGAACACCCGUCCACACGCCUAAGGACAGCCCAGCCGGGACGCCCAACCCAACGCCACCACCCAGUCCCUCCAUCGGUGGAAUGCCCUGGAAGACACGCCUCAACUCCAUCAGGAACAGCUUUCUGGGCUCGCCGCGCUUUCACCGCAGGAAAAUGCAAGUUCCCACUCAAGAGGAAAUGUCCAGCCUGACGCCAGAGUCUUCCCCAGAGCUUGCCAAAAAAUCCUGGUUCGGCAACUUCAUCAGCCUCGAAAAAGAGGAGCAGAUCUUCGUGGUCAUAAAGGACAAACCGCUGAGCUCCAUAAAAGCCGACAUCGUCCACGCCUUUCUUUCGAUACCCAGCCUCAGUCACAGCGUCAUCUCUCAGACGAGUUUUCGGGCCGAGUACAAAUCCACCGCCGGUCCCACCGUCUUCCAGAAGCCCGUUAAGUUCCAGGUGGACAUCACCUACACCGAGAGCACAGCGGCCACAAAGGAGAACGGCAUUUAUUCAGUCACCUUCACUUUGCUCUCAGGUCCAAGCCGGCGAUUUAAGCGGGUGGUGGAGACUAUUCAGGCGCAGUUGUUAAGCACAAACGAUCAGCCGGGUGUCCAACAGCUGUCAGGAAUUAUCCAGAAAACGUAUUAAAACUCCGCCCCCAGCUUUCCUGCACAUCCCGUGAUGGACAUUUAUUGACUGAGGGCACUUUUCAUGACCAACUUGCAGGUUACCAUGGAGAAUGACGCUUCAUCCUUUGUCACACUCUUCCCAACCCAGGCUCGCCUCUCGACAAGGAUUAACAUUCAGACACAUUUGUUCCCAUUUACCGACUGUGUGCUCCCCUGCCAUCAUCUCAGCAACCUAACCUGUUCACACCUACACAAACACAGGCUCUGUUCAAAAACCUAGUGCCCUGUCUGCUGAGGUACCUCAAUCCAGUCAAACUCUAGGACACAAACAAAACGUAUCCUUUACAGAGAAAGCAAUCCCAUAAUGCACUGCAGAAAUUCCAUAAUGCAAUGCAAAAAGUUCUGGUACAAAUAAAUCCAUUUAUUUGUACCAAGGCAUAAAGUCUGAGAGAAUUGUUGAUUAAUAAUUUAGAUUAAUUUAAACAGAACAAUAUUACGGAGCCCUGCAUAUGACACGCAGAAAAAAAUAGUCAACGGACUGAACUAGUAAAUUGUGCACAUGAAUGAGUAAAUCAUACCAACAGACUUCUGAAUUGUGCCCAGAAAGGAGUAAAUUAACGGAUCGAACUAGUAAAUCGUGCACAUGAAUUAGUAAAUCGAAGGAACAAAUUAGUAAAUUGAUGGAACAAAUUAUCAAAUCGUUCACACAAACUAGUAAAUUGAGUAAACGAAUCAGUAAAUCAAGGGAACAAACUAGUAAAUCUUGCACUUGAAUUAGUAAAUCGUGGGACCGAAGUUGUAAAUCUUGCCCACAAAUUAAUAAAUCGACGGAUCUAACUAGUAAAUUGUACACACAACUUGAUAAAUCGAAGGAACAAACGAGAAAAUCAUGCGCACAAAUGAGAAAAUUUAGGGAAUUCGUUUUUAAAUUUGCUCUCAGUUUACUUUUCCCAUCCAUGUCAUGUGCAGGGCUCCGUACAGUUUCAUUAAAUAAUAAUAAUAAUAAAAAAAUGAAAUAUCUGUAUUUUUAUGUUGUUAGCUUAGCAUUAAGCUAAAGCCAAACUCUGGAAUCAAUAGACUAGGUAGGCAGUAAACAUCUCACUAGGUUUUGGAAUAGAUCAGUCUGAUCUCACAGACAAACGUAAGUAUUUAAUCAGGUGGCAAUUUCGUAUUCAUUUGUACAAUGUGAUUUUUUUUUUAAAUAAUAAUGAUUACAAAAAAGCAUGAAUAAAUAAUGAAGCUGCUCCCCUAACUCCACCAUCAUUGGGGCAAAAGCAAGUCGCACUAAAACGUACAAAUGAGAUUGUACGAAUUCAUACCAGUUAGCCACCUCGUAAAAUAGUUACAUAUUGCCGUGAGUUUGUGAUGAAUAGACACCCUCACAAUUCCAGAAGUAAGCACACACAACUCUUGGACGUUUGCACUCAAAUUCACGAAGACCAGAGAAGGAAACGGAAAGUUUAAAGACAACUUUGAGAGUUUGUCCUGAGGGGAUGUCGAACUGCAGAUUGUAUUUUUUUCGUGUACAUUCUCUUUUACUUAUGAUUUUUUGUUUGAUGAACUUGAUCUUGAAUUUAUUGCUGCAAAAGGACUGAACGUGACUUUCAGUGCAUUGGGGAUUCUGAAUAGGGUGGGGUGGGGGAAAACAAUUGAAUGAAUUUAUCCUAAUGAAUGAAUCUCUGUUGUACAAAUUGAACAUAAUUCUGUAUAAAUAUAAUGUCUAGAUGUGGUUUAGUUAUGUUGUAGACUGAGAUUUUAAACCUUGUGUUGUCUGUCUUUAUUAUUUUCCAUCUUCUGUAUUUAUUACGUAAUGAAACAAUUUGUUUCUUUUAACUUGUUCAUAUAGAUCCUGAAAUUAAUUUUUUUAUUAGUUUUUUUUCCUCAUAUCUCACUACCAGCAGAUACAAAAAAUGUUGAAUACAUUGUGGAUAUUUUUGUAUUUUUCCUUAUGUUUUAUCUCUGUACUUAUUUAUUACCAUUCAUUAAUAUAUAUAUAUAUAUGAGAACUUGAAUGUUAUUUAUUUAUGACAAUAAUGUGUUUGUUUGCAUCAGGGCAACAGAGUUUUCUUUGUUGAAAGACGUCUUUCUUACGUCUUGAUUUAUGAAAGUACUGUGGGAUCUUUCUUUCCUUCUAGCGUCAAAAAACAAAACAAAAGACUGUGUUAAAAACAAACAAACCAAUCGACAAUAAAGCAAUUUUAACAGUUAUUUAAGAAUGUAGUUUAGCCUCUGCUGGGAGGGAAUGAACUUCUCGAUAUCAAUGUCAGCUUUACAUCAUUGUUUGUGUACAAUGGAUGAGAAAACAAGCUGUUCUUGGAUCAGUUUUGAUGUAUAUAUGCUCUUCUGGCUGUUCCUGCUCUUUGCUUUGACUUGUAUUUCUGUUUGCAUGCACGCGUUUUAUUUGCAUGGCUUUAGCGUAACGAUUUCUCCGAGCUGCUUUCCUUCUGUUGUUUAUCUGAGAAAUGAAGAACGCUCGCCUUUACCCCUGUUUUUACCUCUGUUACUCUCUCUGCACCGUUUGUCAUUUUCUUUCCCCUCUUGACACGUUUCCUAGUAUCUUAUGCACUAACAAUUUGUGCCAGAAGUGAUGCCAAACAGAAGGCGUCGCUCGCUCGCUCGUACCGCAGACAUAGUGUUUGUUUAUGCUUUAUUUUGUCUGUACUGUGUACCUUUAAGAGAAAGGUUUUGAAUGUUUGAAUGACCCCAGUUUACAGACAGCUUAAUGAAACAAUAAUGAAGCAAUACCUGUUUGUUAGAUUUCCUAUUUUGUACAGUUGAACAAAGCGAAAAAUGUUGUCCAUAAAGAGUAGGAACAUGCAUUUAAUGAUGUAAAAAUCCCCUUGUAUUAUAACUGUUAGCAAUUUCAGAGAGAAAAAUGAAUCAAUAAACUCAUUCAGGAA